CACACUGCCUGAGCAGCUUGAUGGAGAUGCCUGCAGGGAAGGUAUUUCAUUUCUUGUUCACUCUCCUGAUGAAGCAAGUGUGUUUCAGAAGAUGAAGAUGACCUUGCAACAUCGCCAGGACCUAGUGCAUGAUCCACAGAGAACCACAGAUGUCUUUAAAACAUUCCCACGAUUUUUAGAUGUGAAAGGACUGCUGAAUCAAGACUUCCUGCUGCUGUUUGGAGCUGAAACAGCCUCCAAGAUGCUUGAGAAGUGGGACACAGCAUUCAGGCCCAAAGUUAUCAAAGAGGCCAAACACUUGACUCUGUCAACUGAGCUGUGCCGACUUCUGAAAGCUGCUGAGAAACUCACAGAAAACGAUGACACAAACUGGGACAGCGACAUGGCUUCUCUACUGCUCCUUCUCCAUCUCUUGCCACCCACAGCUGGACAGAAGAGGGCCAAGAUAACUUGCAGUAAUGCAGUGGACAAAAUGGUUCACUUUCACAAGUCAUGCUGCAGCAUCGAUGAACACCUGCGAGGAAGAGAGGGUAAACAACCAUAUAUCCUUGCUGCUGGCCGAACCCAGAACAGGAUUGACACUUUCUACAUCGUCGUGGACAAACAGCUCAUCCCCUGCCAAGCUGCCAACUCGUUGGGUGCUUUUGAUGAACUAUUUAAAUCCCACUACGUGUUCAACCUAUCUUAUGAUGAGUCUCUGGUCCAGCUCUACACUUUUGUGCAGACAACAAUCUAUAACAUUGAUGUUACCACAACAGAAGAGUCACCAAGAGUUCGUGAGUUACGUGAAAAAAAACUCAUCAACUAAAACACUGAAAAAAUGUUUGUGCUUCAUUUGUCAAGCUGUGCAUGUUCUCUGCCAGUCCUUGAUAACUCAUCUAAGAACUGAUCACAGUUUCUAUCCUAGCACCAGGCUUAAGUUGGUUUGUUCACAAGAUCGUUGUAGGCGUCAGUUUUCAACAUAUUCAGGUUUCAAAAAACAUCUAAUUAGUGCUCAUGAGACGGGUUCUUGUCAAAGUGGUGAUGCAGCAAACUUAGAGUCAUUUCAAGCUAAUUUUAAUUAAUAAAAAAGAUACUUGUUGUCAACAAUGUUAUCCACUUCCUGGUGAACAAGGUUGUGGUUGAUAAUUUCAGUGAGCAUUUUCAUGCUUACCAAGUAUAUGAAAGUGAUGAGAAAGAUGUUAUUAAAGCAGACAGUCUUGAAAUAUAUAAGCCUUUUGACUUCCAAAGUGCUUAUGGUGGAGAUGAGAGCCUCUAUAUUGUACCAUUAUUUUCUUUGUAAAUGUGCACAUAGAGUUAAGUUGUGCCCAACUCCCAUGAUGCUAGGAAGUUGGGUUUUUUUUGUCCUGAAUUAAAAAAAAAAAAAAAAAAAAAAAAAGAUACAUUUGUUGUAAUGAUUAAUUGCACUUGAUCACUGUAAAGUGACUUGUGGGUCAACACUUUUAAACUUCUGUAAGCACAGGUGGUAAAGAGAUUUACAGCAUGAUAGUGUUAUGGUGAUAAACACUUAAAAAUACACUUUCAUGUGUAAUAAGACAACACAAUGAAUGUUAAAAAUUAACACUCCUAGUGAAAGGAAAUAACACAUUUUAGUGUUAAAAGUACACUUUCAUGUGUCAUUAAACAACACUCACAGUCUCAGAUAUUUAACACUAUUCAAGAGUUAAAAUAUUAACACUUUCCAAAGUGUAACUUUAACUCAAAAUCCGUGAGAAUUAUAUAAACUCAGAAAAAGUGUUGAUUUUAACACUAUGCGAGUUAAAUUAACACUUGUGAUUUUGCUGUGCAGGUCAAUGUGUAAGUUUAAAUCACAAUAAUAUUACAGGGGAAGACUAUUACGUUCAUUCAUUUAGGUGCAAUCCCGCGGGGGUGAAGCGCACGUGGCAGCAGCUGAAGAUGAAAUAUAAGAACAUUGUUCAAACAGGUAAGAAGUCGGCAUAAUCUCAUGGAGCUACCUCAUUUUGAUCAUGUUUUACAUUGUAAAGUAGCCUAAAUAUUAGGUGGCUGUGUGUCUGUGCAGUGGUUUUACCCCGCACAUAGCCUAAAUGUCUGCAUCCAUAUCAUGUUCUGUUAAACAAUUAAGCCUAUUUAAACUAACACAGACUUCUACUCAGCCAACAGAAAGAAAGGAGAUGCCUGUAAAAAGGGAGGUGGCCCAGCACCACCACCUCUAACGGAAGCAGAGGAGCUGGUCCUAAGCCAGAAUUUGGGAAGGCCAGUGGCUGAGGGAAUCCCUGGAGGGAGCUCAUCCUCUGAGACCACAUCCCAAGACACAAGUGCUUUUAUAAAAUAUUCUGAUGGUACUAUCUGCCUGGUGGAGCCCCUUCACACCACAACAGACCUUGUAACUGAUGAAGAGGAUGAAACUGUCUGCUGCCUUUACAGAGGGGGAUCCAGAAAGGCAUACAGAGAGCAUGGCUGGACAGCAGCAGGAUGGUCCCUCAACUUCCACUGCACAGAUUGACACAGUGAGAUGGAUGUUCAGUAAACACCAGAGGUUCAGUCCAUGGAAUUCAUGUGCAACUGUAUAAUUUAAUGUCCUUUAUGUAUUCCCAGUUACCAGUAAAACAAAUAUACAAAAUCGACUUGCUGAGAAAAAUACAAAAAACAGAUAAAGAAAUGCAGUACUUGGACCACCAGAUUAAGAAGGCAGAUCUGGAAAUUGAAAUACUGGAGCACAAGUUAGAGGUGGAUGCAGGUCACAGGUGAAUUAUGUUAACUACUGGAACAUUAACUAAACUAGCUCUUUUAUUUGUAGGAAAUAAAGAAGACCAAAUGAAAUGUAUGUCAUGUGUUUAU